AACGGCAACUUUCUUCGAAAGGCAGGCAACUCGAAACACUAUCUUUUUGAUGUUCCAAAGCUGUUCAAGGAUAUAAACUUUCAUUUGUGCAUAAAUAUGGACAAAAGCAUACCCACUCAGCAAGAUGAAGUUAAAGACUUGGCAACAGAGAGCCAAAUUAGAGAAAGCCCAACCAGUCAACUAGUUAACAUGCAAGAACCAGGUGAAGCAAGCUCCCAGGGCUUUGCUUCAAAGGUUUUUCUGAAAACAGAGUCAAAUCAGGGAAACUAUUGCCGUGUAGCAUCUACUGGUGAUCCGUCGCCUCAGUCAGAAAAUGAGAUGCAAUUUCAAGCUAAUAGGAUUCACAUAGUGUCCAUCGAGAGCUCUUCGCAAGAAUCUGCCCCUGAAACCAGAGAAAGUCCAUGCAUCAAUGGUUCUCCAGAAUCAACGAGCUCUACGAAAUACGUCGAGGUCAGAAAGGGAAUGGAUGCAAAUUGUGAACAAGAAGAUGAGGCAAUUGAUGUAACAAGUGUUGAAAAAGAUGAACAAUUCCGUAAGGAAUUGAAAAGGAGCGAUCACUUCGACGAAAUCCCUUCUAAGAGCAAUCAUGCUGAGACGAGAGGUAAACAACGCAAAGAUCAAGUUAUCAAUUCAAAAGAGCCAAGGCCAGAAAAUGAUUAUGACAAGUAUGGAAGCAACUUGUUAGGGGAUCCUAAAGAAAGCAGAGAUUUUCCUUAUUUCAGUAACCUGAGUGGAGUUCAACCGGACAUUCGCUCAGCCACAUUCUAUCCAACUUCAGGCGAUUAUCUUAAUCCACCAUUGGUGUACAUGCCUGCAGAAAAGGGGAUUUAUGAUAGGGAAGCAGUCCUCAGGCGCGCAUACUAUGAAGAUAUGAUUCAGCAGCAUUCACAACUGAGAUCAGCCUUCCAGAAGCCAUCCGAUCGUGGAAACCAAGAGUUGAAAUUCCUUGGGCCAGCAAUGAAAUUUGGCCUUCCUCAAAUGUUUCCUUAUCUGCCCUUUUAUGGGUCUCGCCCUGCUGCAAGUGAAAUGUUUGCGGAAAAGAGAAUUGGUGUUGGGGGAACUCAAUUUCAAGACAGUCCUAACUUAGCUAUCCAGGAUCAACAUAAGAACGAGCAUCGACAGCAGAAAAGAAGAAUUUCUGAAGAUUACAAUUUACAUGAAUCCAAUACAAAGUAUAUCGGCUUGGAUCCAGGCGUUCCGUAUCAGUAUCUACCUUACAGAGCACCGGUAUUCAAUCUUGAUAAACUUCAUCCAGAAGCUCAGUGUAUGUAUCCUUGCUGUACUGGUGAAGAUAAAAUGACACGACCCAUCGAUACAACCAAGUUGAACCCGUACUUAAUUUAUCCGAUACACAACCAAGCUCUCCGCCAACUAAGCAAAAACCAGUCUGAAGUACCUUUCAAAGACCCAAAUGAAAUGCAUCCUUCAUUUAAAGAAUUUUUAGAAGCAGAAAGACAGCGCCUGGCUGCAGACAGUAAACUUACUCAAGAGAAACAAAAGAAAUUUAGCAGUGCUCUGGAGCAGAAUUUCAAACCCUUAUCAACAUGGGAUGCCAGCAAGAAGGAUGAUAAUACGAUCAAAGUAGAAGAAAUUAAAAGUCCAAUAAAACGAACUGAAAGCAUGACAAGAGCGAAAAAGCCUCAACCAAGUCAAAGCGAGCCGAUUGAGAAGACAAACGUCCAAAUAACAGGAGCUCAAGGCUUAUCUGAGAAGCCAUCUAAUGAAGAUCCUCCACCCGUUAAGAAAAUUGCCUGCAAUGUUUGCAACAAGACUUUCAACAGAACAUCUAAUCUCUACACUCACAUGAGGACCCACUCGACACACAAGCCUCAUGUCUGCGAAUUUUGUGGAAAGCGCUUUCAUCAGAAGGCAGACUUGAGAAUUCAUCGCUACAUACACACUGGAGAAAAACCCCACAAGUGUACGAAAUGUGGACGAGGCUUUAAGCAGCUGACACAUCUAAAAUAUCACCUGAGAACACAUUCUGAUGUCAGAAUGUACAAGUGUCCAUAUUGCGAGAAAGGCUUCAAUCAAAAAAGCAACCUUCAGGCCCAUAUCUUUGGCCACACAGGACAGAGACCCCACAAAUGCGAAAUCUGCGGAAAAGGCUUCACUCUUGCCUCGACUUUGAACACUCACAAGAGAACACAUUUGCCUAACAAGCCCUUUCAGUGCCAGUUUUGCGAGAGGGCGUUCUAUCAGAAAAAUGCUUUAAAAAUGCACUACGUGUCUACUCACCCAUACUCUUCAGGUGCUGUUUGAACACUAAGAAAAAAUUAAAGAACUGUUGUGGUAGCUAUGGCAGAGAUCAGCUUAUCCUAGUCAAAGCGUGACUGUAGGAAAGAAAACCACUGAAAAUUAUGUACAGAACAUUUUGUUAGUCAAACUGUGGACAUCAUUUCUAAUGCUACUUUCACACUUGUAGAUAUAUCUCUCUCACAACAGGUUUACAAUGGAUUUUUACAAUAUCGAGACUAUUUUAGUACAAUUAUUGAUAAAAACCCAUCGCUGUACGCUUUUGUAUCUUUCAUUUUUUAAUAGUAUCAGUCAUUGAUAUGAGUUGAGUUAGCAUAAAUCCUUAUUGGUAAUAAAGGUAAACAAUCAUUAAUAAAAAACACUAGUAUAUUUACAUACACUUUUUCCAAAAAAGGCUAAAUUGACACUAAAAACAUACACUGUAAUACGCGUUCACAAAAUAGGUCACAAGAGUACGAAGUACUCGCUUGUAAAGUCAAAUAAAAGCUUUUAUUAAGCGUC